AUGUCAACCACACAAGGAAAGUCGGGCCAUCGCAACCCGAUCCACAAUCCGUUCCCCGCUUCUCUGUCUAGCGAGUGUAAAAAGGCUGGCAAAAUCAUCUACUCAUUCGUCAACUCGACAUUGACGAAUACUCCCGGCGAGACUGCGAUUCCUCGUAAGAUCCUCGGAACUGCCAAAGGUCUAGUAAUAUGCACAGUUUUCAGAGCCGGUUUCCUCGGUUCUAUCCGCUUUGGCUCCGGCCUGAUGGUAGCCCGCCUUCCCGAUGGUAGCUGGUCAGCACCCUCGGCCAUAGCGCUGGGCGGUCUAGGCGGAGGAGGCCAGUUCGGUGUGGAACUCACUGACUUUGUAUUCGUGUUGAAUACCGACGCGGCAGUGCAGACGUUCCUCAGAUCUGGAAAUAUUACUAUGAGUGGUAAUAUCUCCGUGGCGUUCGGUCCAGGACGAAGUGCUGAGACAGGGGCGAUUAUUGGGACGAGCGGCAUGGCUGGAAUCUUUGCGUACUCCAAGACUCGUGGGGUAUAUGGUGGGGCCACACUUGAGGGAAGCGUGAUUUUGGAGCGCUCAUCUGCGAAUAAGAAGAUGUAUGAGCGGAAACUUAAGGCCAUUCAACUGCUUAAUGGAGAGAUUCCCCCGCCGCCCGAGGCUGAGCCGUUGAUGCAUAUCUUGAACUCUGAGGCUUUUCGUCUACAACCCUCCGUUGGGACGUCGGACGCUGUUGAGCUACCUGCUGAUAUAUUGAGUGAGCCUGUUCAGAGACCGUCGGAACUUGCUUUGGAGUCUCCUCCAGUUCCUGAACUGAGUGGGCAGAGCUCACAUCAGGAGAUGCCUUCUGGGGAUACUCGCGAAGAAGAUGGGCCUCAAGAAAUUGCCGGGCCUAAUCAAACAGCACAGUCUCAGGAAGCAACCGUGCCUCAGGGAGAAGCUGAGUCUCGAGAAGCAACGAGGUCUCCUAGAGCGGUUGUGCCCGAACAAGCAACCGGAGCUUCUGAGGCAUCUAUGCCCCAUAUAACGGCUGUCUCCCCGGAAGGAGCCGCGCCCUUGGAAGUAGCCGUGUCUCCUGAGGUGACUGUCCCUCGCAAAGAAGCAACCAAUUCGCAGGAAGCAACCAACUUCAAGGAAGCAAUGGAGUCCAAGGAAGCAAUCGUACCUCAUGACGAAGCUGGGCAACCGAAAUCUUCACGAACACAGAGUUAA